AUGGAAGUCAUUACUUUGAUUCAGGGCGAUGACAUGUCUGAUCUGACUCCUCUUUUUCUUGUUCACGCGAUUUCUGGAGUUGCUCUUCCCUUUUUUCAUCUUGAUUCCCUUAGUGAUGACGACAGACCGGUAUACGGCAUCACAAGUCCUCUGCACUGCCCCGGCAGCAAUAACCUCAAGUAUCCCACCAGCCUCAAAGAUCUGGCUGCCUUUUAUCUCGACGGCAUUCGUGAUAUUCAGCCUGAAGGACCAUACCUCUUGGGCGGAUGGUCCAUGGGCGGCAUGAUCGCCAUGUUCAUAGCACAAAUGCUGGAAGCUCGAGGAGAAGAGGUCUACAAAGUUAUCAUGAUUGAUUCUGCCAACCCGGAAGUUUUUCCAAGCUUCAAGAGCAAAGAAGAACAUCAGGAAUUUGUCAAAGUCACCUUUGACCGCACUAUUUCAGCUGGUGGGCUACAAUCCGGUGAUGGUGAUGGCCCCGACCACUUUCCUGCCUCGCCCUCCAUGACAAGCAACUACGAAAUGGGCGACUACAUUGUGACUCAAUCUCGGCCUUCUAAUGUCUGGAACAGUCCUUCAAGCCCGACGAUAUCGAGUGCUCGAUCCAGCGCAGCCAGCAUUUUCGACACUAACAGCCCCUUCACGUCUCCAUCUCCGCUUUCCGACGGCUUCUUAACCGAUGAUUCUGAUUGCGAUUCAGACUGUGGCUCUGAUUGCAAUGAGCCGCCCGCCAUGGAAGAAUUUCUGCAGCAGAUCAAGACCCAUAUCCACCGGGGUCUUGAUCUCGUUUCCAGUGUCAAGCCCGGCGACCUCUUUACGCCCGGCACCAAGUCCGAUUUUGACGCGGUUCUUAUCAAAUGCACUACAGAGCCCAUCGACGUCGCAAAAGAAUACAAAGCAAAUGCGGGUGCACAGCUGAUUGAGACUGUCAUGAGAGAGCAGAAUAUGCGGUGGAAUCCGUCGCAGUUCCGAAGCUUCCAGUCCAUCCCUUUCAGCGGAGACCACGAUGGUGCAUUUCAGCCACGAUUUGUUGGAGAACUGAGCUCCAUCCUGCGAGAGUGCAUUGAAGACGUUGAGUAG